UAUUUUGUUUUCACUUUGCCCUGUCUGCUUUUCUUGUUCAGCUUUGUUUACUUAAACCUACUUUCAUGGAAUAUGCCUACUUUUGUUUAUUUGAUACAUCCUGUUAAGCAUUUGAUGCAACUGUUUAUAUUGAAUUGUAUUUCUAUUAAAAACAAGGCUUGGAAAAGAAGUUUAACCCCCUUCCUCUUCCACGUGUUGGUACGAUCCGAGUCGAAGGUCGUUACCUCCCGAUCAACAUGGCAGCAGCUGCGAUGUUUAGGAUAAAUGGUGGAGUUUUGCAAGCGGUGAAGACUUGCGCACUCAGGUCAUGGUUCCACAGUUCGGUGGUUCUUCGGUUUGGAUCUCCUCCUCCUCCUCACUCGAAGUUCUUCCCUGCAGUUGAAGGUGUCAUGCUGCCGCCAGGAACCUUCAACAACAGAGUGGCCUUCAUCACAGGAGGGGGUACGGGACUGGGUCGAGCCAUGACCACCACCCUCUCCCAGCUGGGAGCUCAGUGUGUUAUUGCCAGCAGGAAGUUGAACGUUCUGCAGCAGACUGCUGAGGAGAUCAGCAGUCAGACUGGAAAUAAGGUUCAUGUGGUUCAGUGUGAUGUUAGAAAUCCGCAGGCUGUCUCUCACUGUAUCGAUGAGAUGGAGAGUCUGACAGGACUGCCUGAUGUGAUCAUCAACAAUGCAGCGGGAAACUUUGUGUGUCCAUCAGAGCGUCUGUCCCCAAAUGGCUGGAAGGCCAUCACUGACAUCGUCCUGAAUGGGACAGCCUUUGUUACUCUGGAGCUGGGCAAAAGGCUGAUCCAGAAUCAGAAAGGUGCUUCCUUCCUGGCAAUCACCACCAUCUAUGCUGAGUCUGGUUCUGGUUUUGUGGUCCCAAGUGCCUCUGCCAAGGCUGGAGUUGAGGCACUCUACAAGUCUCUUGCUGCAGAGUGGGGGCGUUAUGGUCACAGGUUUAACAUCAUUCAGCCUGGACCAAUCAGAACCAAGGGGGCAUUUAGCCGUCUUGACCCCACUGGCACAUUUGAGGAAACAAUGAUCAGACGGAUCCCAACAGGUCGACUUGGAAAACCAGCAGAGAUUGCAAACCUGGCAGCAUACAUGUGCAGUGACUAUGCCACCUGGAUGUCUGGAGCUGUAAUUCGAUUUGAUGGGGGAGAGUAUGUGUCAAUGGCAGGAGAGUUUAACGACCUGCACAGGGUGACACCAGAUCAGUGGAAGAUGAUGGAGGCGAUGAUCAGAAGCACUAAAGGAUCCUAAAAACACUUAGACCCUACUCAUUUGUCGACAGCAAUCAAUCGAAUGACUGUGAUGUUACAAUGGAGAUGUUGAGGCCUGCCUACCUGCACUUCAUUAUGAUGUUUAAUGUGGCAGGUGUGCAGAUUGCUUUGAUGAAUUUCCUAGAAUUCUGUAGUUGGGAGUUUGAAUUGGAUAACUUGGGAGUCCAGACUAAUGAGUACAGGAGGAUUAUUUACAAUUGCAACUGCAUUGUUUUAGAAAACACCAGGGCCUCAGUUUGGGAUGGUCAUUUUCAUAGCUAACUUCUAACUAAUUUCAACUACUCAGAUUUUUCAGGGAAAACAAAUCUAAUUGACAGUGAGUGUAGUAAAAGAAACACCUAUGAAUCAAUCUGUAAUAAUAAUUAAAAA